AUGGGCAUGUUGAGCGACGACGACGUUCUCCGCCAACGCCUAGUGCUGGAGGCCUUCGGGCUGCCACUAAAGUACCGAGACGCCGGUCCUGCGGCCAUCAGAGACGCGAUGAGCAUGGACAAGAAGACGGUCGGCGGGAGAGUCCGGUGGGUGCUCUUGGACGGCAUCGGCAAUGCGGUGACAAGAAGCGACGUUCCCCCUGAGUUCAUCGACAAAGCGCUGCGAGAGGUGUCCGAGCAAUGA